UCGGCGGCACGGACUACCCCUCAUAUCCGGACGUCGCUUUAAAUAGCCUGCCUACUAGUAACAUACCUAACUAUAAAAAUCCACGAUGUCACUUGAACUAUCCGGCUGAUCCCUAACAGUAAACCUUAGUUAGCAAACAGGAAAAAAAAGUGAACAACUAAACUUAUUUUCCCUACGUUUAUAUAUUUCUUAAAUCGCGACACAGGAGUAGAUUUUGCGGAAGAAAGUGCGACAUAUUUCCCCCCUAAAUGAAAACGAGUCAAACUUAAUCGCAAGCCAAACUGGCGUUGGAAGGAAACUAGACGGAUUAAGCUGGAGCUGCUUUAAUGGCGAAAUAUUCAUGAAAUCCUCCCAGCCACGACACAGACAGAGGACGAAGAGGAGCAGAAGAAGAAGCAGAAGCCGUGGUGCCGCCCGAUGAUCACAUUUUCAGCCCACAUUUACCUGUCUGUAAACGGUGAAGAGACGAGAGAAUGUUAUCUCGGUUAAGUGAGCUGAUAUGGGCCGACUGGAUCUGGUUCCCAGAAGGCCACGGCUGGGAUGACCUAAAGGAUCACGAUGGCAAAGUUUUCCCUAAAACACGGGACCUCUGGGCGGUAUUCCCCGUCGCGCUGUGCUUCCUCGUCAUAAGACAGAUAUUUGAGCAGACAAUAGCACUUCCUUUGGCUUCUCUGAUGGGAGUGAGAGACAAGCAUCGCAUCUGUGCUUCUCCAAAUCCCAUCCUGGAGUCCCAUUUCUGCAGCAAAUCAAAACAUCCCACACAGAGCUCCAUAGAGGGUUUAAGCAAGCAGACUGGUUCUUCAGUGCGACAGGUACAGAGGUGGUUCAGACAGCGGAGAAAUCAAGAUCGACCCAGCAAGUUGAGAAAGUUUCAGGAAGCGAGUUGGAGGUUUACAUUUUACCUUCUUGCUUUCUUUGCUGGCCUGGCAGUCCUUAUUGAUAAACCAUGGUUCCAUGAUGUAAAAAUGGUGUGGGAAAACUUCCCCAAAAUGCCAUUGUUGCCUUCCCAGUACUGGUACUACAUGAUCGAACUCGGCUUCUAUGUCUCCCUAGUUUUCAGUGUAGCAUCAGAUGUCAAACGGAAGGAUUUCAAAGAACAAAUAGUUCACCAUGUAGCGACCAUCCUCCUUAUCGGCUUCUCCUGGCUGGUCAACUACAUCCGGGCAGGGACUUUGAUCAUGUUGGUGCACGACGCCUCGGAUUAUCUUAUGGAGUCAGCCAAAAUGUUUAACUACGCAGGCUGGAAAAGAACCUGCAACUGUGUCUUCACCGUGUUUGCUGCAGUUUUCAUCAUCACCCGCCUUAUCAUCUUCCCCUUUUGGAUCAUAUAUGCGACAGGCGUGUACCCGUUGACCCUCUACUCCACCUUCUUCGGCUUCUACUUCUUCAACGGGCUGCUGGUGGUGCUGCUGGUUUUGCACAUCUUCUGGACAGGGCUCAUUCUGCGCAUGGUCAUUAAAUUCCUACCCGGAAAUGACAUUGUCGAGGACGAGCGGAGUGAUAAAGAGGAGACCGAGUCAGAUGAUGAAGACGAUGGUGAGCAAAGACAGAAGCCAAAGAACGGCCACAUGCAGAACGGUCACGCUGUCCUCAAUAACAACCACAGGAAGACGGACUGAUUGGACAGAAAGAGACGGGCUGGGUGUAAAGGGUGACAACGGGGCCCUCACACUCAUUCAUAUUGUACAUUUUAGAAAUGCAGUUAGCUCAGAGUGGAUCAUUUGGCCUCUCUGUGGAUUACACUAAAUUAAGUAAGAAAAGUUAGCCAUUGUGAUCUGAUUUGCCUCUGAGCAGCAGAACAACUUUACCUUUCACCCUUUACCAGACCGCCUGCUUGUAGCUUUGUUUCCCUAAAGGAAAUAUUUCCUGAAAGACUGCCAUUGUUUCUGCCGUCCACACACUUCAUUAACACUCUUCUAUGUAUUGAUUCAAAACUUGACCUAUUUCUGCUCUUAAUAAGCGCACUGAUUCCGGGGAUGUCAUGAGCACUACUGUAAAUGUGGAGGUGAUCUGUUUUUUCUCCUAUGGACCAUAAAUCACCUCAAGUCCAAAGUUUUAUUCAGUAAAAAUGUUUUUUUUUUCUGCUGUAGUUUUGCUACUUUGGCUCUUUUCAGUUAAAUGUUGCACCAAUGAGGUGUAAAGCUAAACAAUUGCUAAAUAAUAAUAUUUUAAUAGUGUGAGUGAAGGUACUGAACCUGCCAUGCGAACUGAAAUAUGUCUUUAAAUACUUGCUUUUCUGAGAGGCAGAAUGCACAGAGGUUGUUUUAAAUGUUUGUUUUGUUUGAAAUCUUUAAGUCUUAUCAUUUUCCUUAUUGUUUACUUUUUUUUAGCCCCAUCAAUAGUUUAAAUUUGGGAGCAAUGUGUUUGAGUAAUCUCAAGCAUCCAUUUAUUGUUGGUUUUUUUUGUUUAGGUCUCGAUCAUCUUGAGAUGCACUUUAUGGUUCUUUAGAAGAUCAGUAUUGACUAAAAAGCUAGUAAAUCAUUUUAGUUACAAUGUUUGAUUCAAACAGAUUUCAAACUUGUUUGUUUUGGAGGUCCGAAAAAUAAUUUCCGUUUGGUUUGAUAUGUAUUCUCUAAAAUGUUUAUUUGUUUUGAAGGUUUUUUGGUUUUGUUUUGGAACAAAGAAAGCUGUUAGUGGAUGUGUAAA